GCCACGGCAUUUGGGGCGUCUGAUUGGCCAUGAGUGCCAUGAUCCGUCACUGGCUACCCCUGUUUGCCCUUGUCCCAGAGUUCUUUCCUUCCCUUCGGUUGUACAAUGCGUCCAGUCACAGGAGAGGGCGCCAGCGAGCCAGUCCAAGAGCCGCGAGCACUUACACCUGUGACGAGAGGUCAAGGUCAACCAAGAGUCACCGGGCCGUCACCUUUAGCCCAGGUCCAUUCCUAUUCAUUCGCUCGUUGCAAUUGACGCCGACACGCGCUAUUUUUCGCCUGAGACUGGGAGGCCACCUAGGCACCGGUGAAAGCAAACAUACCAGUGGCCUGACAAUGGAGAAGGAAGCUGGCUGCUGAUGGCUGGUCGCAUUCCCACGCCACCCUUGUGCACCCGUGACAAACAUUUU